AUGCCUGAACCAGCAAAAUCUGCUCCCGCUUCUAAGAAAGGAUCUAAGAAAGCUGUGACUAAGGUCCAAAAAAAGGGGGACAAGAAACGUAGGAAGAGCAGGAAAGAAAGUUAUUCCAUCUACGUCUACAAAGUGCUGAAACAAGUUCACCCGGAUACUGGCAUCUCCUCCAAGGCUAUGGGUAUAAUGAACUCUUUUGUAAAUGACAUAUUUGAGCGUAUUGCUGGGGAGGCGUCUCGCCUGGCACAUUAUAACAAGCGAUCAACCAUCACUUCCCGGGAGAUCCAGACCGCUGUAAGACUGCUGCUGCCGGGAGAACUAGCCAAACACGCUGUGUCGGAGGGCACCAAGGCUGUCACCAAGUACACCAGCUCUAAGUAA